CACCGGGAGGCGGGGCUUUAGAGCAGGUGAUUGGCGGUCACGUGAUCUGAAAACAUUUCGGUUAGGCAUUGGUAACUGUGGUAGCACGCAAUGCACACACUUUUGGCACAGCUGUAUGGUCCUUGACGCUGAGCGGCCAUAUAUUUGCGUGCGGCCGGCCAAGGGGUUGAGAAUGGUUUGAGGAACACAACACCGAGUUUGAGGUGUUGACUUGGCCUCCACGUUUUCCAGAUCUCAAUCCAAUCGAACAUCUAUGGGAUGUAAUGGAAAAACGAGUCUGAUCCAUGAAGCCCCCCUCCCCCAACUUACAGGAAUUAAAGGAUUUGCUACUGACAGCUUGAUCCCAGAUACCACAUCAUACCUGCAGAGGUCAAGUGGCAUCCAUGCCUUAACAGGUCAGGGCUGUUUUGGUGGCAGAAAGGGGGACCUACUCAAGAUUAGAUUCGUGACGGAGCCUUUAUUUUCUUUGCACACUGAUGUGCACAAGAUGAGACAAGUAAUCCUGGCCUUAGUAUGCAUAGAUCCGUCACAUUGAUCGGUCAGGGCAUGAAAAUGUCUGUGUGCAACGAGUUUGUGGAACACAUCUGGAAACCCGGAUCAUGCAAGAACUGCUUUCAUCCAAAAAGUGACCACCGAAAGCAUCAAGCCCCCUUAGAUGGAAAGACCAGCAACUUGCCAGCCUUGCCAAGUCUUAAUGGAAUUAGGACCAAGUCAGACAGCAACAACCAAGACGAUGACAUUAUAACUGCUGCUCUUUAUUCAAAGCCCACCAUAGCAGUAAAACCAACUAUGAUUACUUCAGAUACUGCAGAGGAGUGGGCCCAGAUGAACAGCACAGAGACUCUAACUCAGGUGAGUUGGAAAGUGUCUUCAACGAGCAAUUCAAUUUUGAAAUCAGGGGAUAUCUCAAAAGUUAUUUUGGAUAACUUUGGCAAGCCUUUUAACCACAGCUAUGGUUCUCCCAGUGAUCCAUCAAAAUAUGUUUUCAAUGGACUGGCAAGUCCUGAUAAAAAUAUUGAAAUAAAUGCUGUGCACAAUAUGACAUAUGUGAGCCACUUUGGUGGUCAAGUUGACAAAGCUGUAUUUCUCAAGGAAAAGUUGCCACCUUCUCAACAGGAACUUGCCCAGAUUUCGAGAGAAAGCAAUGAUGGAAAGAUUGGAAAACUCAAGUGCUUUCAAGAAGAAUCCUCUUUGCUUUCUUCAAAGACUGCCAGCAGUUACAGCUGUGGAACUGACAGGUCGUCAACAAAUGGAACUGUUAUUUCCAGAGGCAAUGCAGCUUGUGAAACUUCUGUCAGAGCCGCUGCAGGAUUUUGGAACCAAACAAGACCCGUAAACGAUGGCAGAAACUGCCACACUUCAGAUCUGGGAUCCAGUAAGAGCACGUAUUUUAGCAGAAUGAAAGUAUCGCUGCAAUCUGAGUCAGACAACCAGUCAGAGACGCUGUCAUGCGUCAGUCCUCUUGCAUCACCAACUUUUUCCAAUUCCCAGACUUCUGAGUUUCACUCAUCUACAGUACCUGCAGAUGACAAAAACAAUGAGCCAAUAUAUGCUGAGAGCACUAAAAGAAAAGUUGUUUUAGAUAAAGCUGUAACUAAACGUGUAGGACAGACCGAGAAGGCUGGUAACAAACCAGAGGACAAUGCAAACAAGGAUCAACGCUUAGUAAGCAAUGACCGAGUGCUUCAAGAGUCAAUGACACAUGUGGCCGCCAGGAUAACUGUCAUGGCUGCUCACACGGAAGAAGACAAUCGAACAAUCUAUUUAAGCAGUCCAGACUCUGCGGUUGGAGUUGAAUGGGCAUGCAGUAGUCCAUCAUCUGUCGAGAAUCUGAGUCUGUCACCCACGUUUGUCUGGGGUGAAAGAGUCCAGGCAAAAUCUGAGGAGAAUAGAAAAUACCACUCUUCCUUAUCUCAGAAAUACCAGGUCAGCACCAGCUUCACCGUACCAUCCAAAUCCAACAAACCCGAUGAAUUAAAUUUCCCCAGAGUUUCCUCCCCAACACACACGUCUGGGAUCUUAUCCUCGGUUUCCCAUAAAAAGGAAUCUUUGGAGAUGAAUGACAGGUGCUUAGCGAGUGGAGAACGCAGGCAAAGAUUCCUCCCAACAACAUGGAACCGACAGUGCAGGAUUGAUGAAGAAGAGGAGGAGGAGACGUCAUCUGGUUUGCUACAGUCAAGGACAAGUGAUGUAAGCAGUGCACAGCUUGUUGCGGCCAGUGCCGUUAAUAAUGAUGACCAUGAGACCUUGCAUGACCUUAAGGGUCAAAAAGGCAUGAGUAAAUCUGCUUCCUGUCCUGUUGAACUUUCAAAAGUAAAUAUUGAAGCUGAAGGCUCCAGUCAACCGCCACCCCCUCCACCAAAGAAACAGCCCAGGCAAAUGAAAUUGAAAAAGAGUAACUCCGAAAUGGAAAAUAUAAGUCUUGGUUCAGUGGAGAGCUUGGGGGAGUCUUUUAAGGGCACAAAUGUGAGCAACUCAAAUGUGAACAUCAACGCCAGCUUCAGUACAGGUUCUUUGGACAGCUUGGAUUCCAGGACAUGCAGUGAAGGAGGUCAGUCUUGUGAAAUUAUUAAUUCACCAUCAGUUUCCUCAAGCGGUGAGAAAAAACAUUUUGCCCAAGUUUCUUUUUCUGUGGACUCUGGUAUGGAAGCUCAACAUGGACCUGUGCAGCCACCACCAUUGCCCAUAAAGAAGUCCAUGAACAGGGCUAUUUCAGCCCCCGAUAACUCUGCCUGGGGACGGGCUUUUCCAUCAAAAAAUGGAGUUGGGCCCAAAAGUCCAAGACUCAAUCAGAGCCAAUCUGAAAACAAUGUUUGUGGUGAAGAGUCUGCGUCACAUGGCUAUCCAAUAAGUCCCGUGGAGAGGCAUGUUAUGUUUUCUUCUUCCGAAUCCUUAGAACAAUGCUGCAGAGGCAGUGGACACAGAAAUGAGGUUAGAAAUCGGAACUGUCUUCAGAGCCGAGGAUCCCCAGCCCUUUCUACCUCUCAACUGAGCGUCUCCAGCCAAGCAUCAUCUGCAUCAAGCCUGCAGCUCCACCAUCUGCUUAGCAAUAUAGACAGCAAAGAAGGCAUGUAUGCUAAGCUUAGUGGCCUUUACGCCCAGUCUACAAGGCGCCUAAUGAAUAAAUGUGAGGAUUACUUCAUGCAAAACCAAAAGAAGGAACUGCACUUCAACGAGACCAGUUGGUCACUCUUUAAGUUGGCAAGCAACAAGCCAUGCUGCAGCGCUAGAGAUGCUAUUUAUUAUUGUGCGACAUGUGCUAAGGACCCAGCAAAUAACUAUGCAGUCAAGAUGUGUAGAGCAGAAGACACAAAUACUCCGCUAAACAGCAACCUAUCACUACCUGUACACUUCAAUAUACAGCAAGACUGUGGACAUUUUCUUGCCACCGUUCCUUCGAGUUUAUUACGUCCACCAGAUGCACCCAGGGGCUGUCCAAAUAGUGAUACGUCUCAGGCUUCCGCCACAUCGAGUGAGGAAGACUGUGUGGUAGUCAUUACUCGAGAAGUGCCUUAUUGCACAGCUGCAGACUUUGUUCGGGAAUCUGUGUCCAGCCAUAAAACUCAGCCAGAAAUUUAUGAACGACAGGUUUGCCUUUUGUUACUACAACUCUGCAACGGUCUGGAGCACUUGAAGGAACAUGCCAUUAUUCACCGAGACCUUUGCUUAGAUAACUUGCUGCUAGCCCACUUUCAAACCACACCUGAUAAGAUUAAAGAUGGCAAGUAUAUUCCAAGACUUAUCGUCAGCAACUUUUCCAAAGCCAAGCAGAGACCUGGAUCUGAAGACUCCAAAGUCAAAAAGGAUAAAACCAGGCUGGCACCUGAGAUCAUGGCUGCCUCCCAGUACAAAAAGUUUGAUGAGUUCCAGACAGGGAUUCUUAUUUAUGAACUUCUCCACCAGUCCAACCCAUUCGAGGUCCGCACAAGUCUUCAUGAGCAUGAGUAUAGCCAGAAGGACUUGCCACCUCUUAAAAACCUAUCCGUAUAUUCUCGUGGGCUACAGCAUCUUGCACAUUUGUUGUUAGAAGCUGAUCCAAUCAAACGUAUACGCAUUUCAGAAGCCAAGCGUGUCCUUCAGUGUCUGUUGUGGGGACCAAGGAAGGACUUGACUGACCAGCCAUUUAGCCACGAGGAAGCUUUGCAUUGUGCCCUUCAGAACUGGAUUGAUAUGAAGAGAGCUCUCCUGAUGAUGAAAUUUGCAGAGCGAGCUUUGGAACCAGAGCAUAACAUUUCACUGGAGGAUUGGCUCUGCUGUCAGUACUUGGCAUCUGCUGAUCCAUGCUACCUUUACAAAACACUGAAACUUAUUAAACUUGUUACAUAAUGGAAACCAGAUAACGGAAUCCGUCUGCAAUUUGGUUACAGCAAGGCUAACAGUGGGUUGUAGAACAAUUCAUUUUUGGCCUUGGAGUAGAAUCUGUUUCUCUGCUUUAUGUUGGGUAUGAUGCCAUUACAAAGCUGUAGGGUCUCUUACUGUUUAUUAUGAGAAACAUGCUGGGAAUGUUCCAUAAAGUAUUUUGUUGGUGAUGAAUGACUUGUGUAUCUGCUGGAGUAAAAUGGAAAAAAUAACAGAUUACUAAUAUAAAAGUCAACCUAUAUGAGAUUUAUUGGUGACAUUUCUAGAUAAUUUUGUGAAUUUUCAGGAAGUUAUUCGAAGUUAGGAUAACUGAGAAAUUCGGUAGGGGUUCUACACAAACCUGACCUACUGUCUAGUUUUUUUCAUUGCAAUCUCCUUCUAUGUAACUGCUCCCCUGACUCGCAUGCUUUUGGAAGGAUGUUCAUUUAGGCAAUAGGCUGUAGCUACACAUAAAGUCAUAACACUGUUUAAAAUAAUUGCUUUGUUCGUUGAAAGUGUGGAAACAUUUCUGUGUAUUUUUUUGUGUAGAUUAGUUUGUUUUUAGGCUCGGUUAUCCUUUACAGCAGGGGUGUCAAACUAAAUUUCAUAGUGGGCCGCAUUAUGGUUGCCCUCAAAAGGGCCGGUUGU